AGAUUUUCUCAUUUUCUUGGGCGUUCAUUUAAAUGAACAUCGCCACCACUCACAUUGUCAUAAUUUGUGGUGGAAAAAUGCUCUUACUCGCAUUUGAAGUGGGUUGAGAUAUAUGAAAUUAUAUUGUCAUUUAAGAACUCUGUGUAUAGUGUGUGAUAUAAUGAGAGAAGGUGAUGGAGAUGAAGGAAAAAACUUGGUGGAAUUGCUCCUCAAUGAUGGAUGUUUUAUGGAUCUGCAAAUAUAAGAUAAAUUUGCAUGGAAUUCGCGAUGAAAAAGCCACCUAUCCUGCCCAUUAUCAGUCAGUUGAGGCUGGAAAUUCUUGGGGUGAUAUACAGGUGUGCAAAGUCUCUGACUAUGCGAGAUGGAAAAUUUGGGGUUCAAGGAAGGAGUGGUGAGACCGAAAAGGGAACGCUUCAUCAGAGGUUCUUCGACUACAUCGACGGAGAAUGGAGAGACGGAGACCACGCCGUUAACAACGCAGAAUAGCAGACUCAGAUCGGCGGCUCCUCAUUUGCGUCUCAAAUGGCGAAACUUGUCUUUGGCCGUGAUGGAGGCGCAGCUGGCGACUCCGGAUCGCUGUGACUACAUGGAAGUGGGUCAGUCGCCACCAGCGGAAUUUGCGCCGAGUGUUUAUGAGGCCCUUGAGGAGCCCAGUGUUCAGAUAACAGUGCAAGUAUGCAACGAUACCAUACGUGAGAACCUUCUGGAGGAGAUGAAGAUGAAUAAUGGGCGUCUGAAGUUGUUUGAAGAUGUGGAAAGUGGAGUGAUUACGGCGGAAAAUAUUCAGGAAGCUCUGGAGGGAUCUAGCAAGAUGGAGCUAAAUCUCUGCUUCCUCUGGGCGACAUUUCUGAAGCGUCAUGAUUUGCUUGAGGGACUCCUUCAAGUGGGAGCGGAGCUGAAUUUUGCCGACCGUACAGGAAUUUCUGCCCUCCAUCUCGCCGCUUUCAGUGGAUGUGUGAAGUGUGCGAACUUUCUUAUCUCGCGCGGUGUAGAUGUGAAUUUCCAGACGGGCCCCUACACGCCACUCCACUGUGCGGCAUUUGGCAACUCAUCAGAAACCGCUAAUGUGUUGAUUGAGAAUGGGGGAGAUCUCUCUGUAAAUACUAAAAAGGAAAACAAUGAGGAAUCCCUCUUGCACUGCGCCGUGCGAGCAAAUUCUGUGGAUUGUGUUAAGCUUUUUAUCUCUCAUGGGGCGGAUGUGAAUGCUGUGAAGCCAAGCGGGACAAAUCCCAUCCAUUUGGCGGCGGAUCUUGGACUGGUGAAGUGUCUGAAGGCUCUGCUCAACAGUCCAGAUGCUGAUCCGAAUCUGAGAAUUGGUAGCAGUGUGAAGGAAUCGACAGCUCUUCAUUUGGCCGCUGAUGAUGGCAAAGCUGAGUGCGUGAGCUUACUGCUGGCCAAGGGCGCAGAUGCAAAGUUGAAGAACCAUCGCGGUCUCACGGCACUCCACUUGGCUGCCAGGACGACGAGUUUGAAGUGUGUAGAGCAAUUGUUGCGUGUGGGAGGAGCUGAUCCCAAUGCCCUGGACUUUGAUCACAGAACUCCUCUUCAUGGAGCCAUCGGAAAAACUCAGUCUUCCUUCAGAAUUCUGGAAACUCUGAUCGCCUGGGGCGCAAAUGUCAAUCAGCAGGAUAUUUAUGGCUUCACAGCGCUCCAUCUGGCCGCUCUUGAUGGCCUCUCGGACUGUGUUGAGACGCUGAUCUUCCAUGGAGCCGAUGUGACGAUAAAGACGAAGAAGGGUACACCGGCUCUCAACAUGAUCGUGAGGAAAACGCCAACUUCUCUCAAGAUGAUAAGCCACAAACUAGAUCGUGCCAUCACACUUCACACUCACAAAGUGGCGAACAAUCGUGAAAUGGAGCUUGAGUUGGAUUUUGGACCUCUUCUGCAACACUGUCAUCCUCGAGAGAUCAGCUAUUUGAAGAAGAUCGUGGAGGAGAAUCACAAGGAGAUUCUACAGCAUCCGCUAUGCACAGCAUUCCUGUAUUUGAAGUGGAAAAAAAUCAGGAAGUACUACAUUGCCAGGCUGAUCUUCUGCUUCAUCCACAUCUUCUUCUUCAGUCUGUACGUUCUCACGGCCUUGGCGCACAAUUGCUACAAUAGCACGAAGGACAUGGAAGAGGCAGCGCUGAUUCAGGCAUUGGAAAUGUGCCAAAAGCAGUCAAUGUUCGGUGACAUGCUGAGGAAUAAUCCUUUUAUGAUGGAAGUACAAUGGUGGGUUCUCGCGGCACUCACACUCGUGGAGAUCGUCCGGAAGCUAGGUGGGAUUAGUGGCUACUCGACAACGAAGCAAUAUCUCACCUCUUUUGAUAAUCUCAUCGAGUGGUUCGUGAUUGGGAGUGUUUUUGUCACGUCUUACGUCUAUACUCAACGAACUUACUUCUGGCAAAAUCACGUUGGAGCCUUUGCAAUCCUAUUGGGAUGGACGAAUCUGAUGCUGAUGGUGGGACAACUGCCCUUCUUCGGUGUUUAUGUGGCGAUGUACACGAAAGUUCAAACGGAAUUCGCUAAGCUCUUCAUGGCGUACUUCUUUGUCCUGAUUGGCUUCACCAUCAGCUUCUGCAUCAUCUUCCCGGACAGUCCGUACUUCCCGAAUCCCUUUCUGGGAUUUAUUAUUGUGCUGAUCUUGAUGACAGGCGAGAUAGACAUCAGCAUGCUGACGAAUGAGCCUGAUGGAAAGGAUCCACCUGUGUUGCUGGAGAUCAGUGCUCAGAUCACAUUCAUACUGUUCCUCUUCUUCAUCACCAUUAUUCUAAUGAAUCUCUUGGUGGGUGUUGCCGUCAAUGACAUUGAAGCGCUGAAAGAGUCUGCUGAGCUCUCAAAACUCGUGCGUCAGACAGAGUUGAUCUCCUACAUAGAGUCUGCCCUUUUCAAUAAAUACCUCCCGAAGUGGCUGCAGAAGUUUGUGCAUGAAUCUGCGAUGGUAUCGCCGCACGCCUUCCGGGCGAUUUUGUGUGUGAAACCCCAGAAUCCGGGGGAGAAGCGUCUGCCGCGGGAGAUUCUCGAUGAGGCCCUCGAAGUGGGGAAGCAGCGCAAAGAUCUGGAUCACACGCUGUCGAAUCAGGGCUCGGACAUAUCCCUGAAUUCCAGCUUCAAGCGCAAGGGCAGUCGACGCAGUGGACGUGUUCUGGAGCGUCAAGAGUCGGUUUGUCCAUCGCUUCAUCGCGUGGACAGUCCGAGCAGUGAAGUGACCAAGAAAAUGGAAGACAAUGCUGAGAAGAUUGAUAUAUUGUCGAAUGAAGUGAAGGAAUUAAAGGCGAUACUCCAUCAGAAUCACUCAACGCUCGAGCACUUGUUGUUUGUCAUGACGAAGAGUCACGAGAGCAUGCGAAAAAAGUCAAUAAAGAAAGAAGAUAUUGAGACCAUGGAUAAUCCUGCUUUUAGUGAUGCCACGGCGAUCAAUCGCCAAAAGAUGAGGAGAUUCUCGAGAGCGGCGAGUGUGGCAAUGGACAAUGAAGCAUCACCCUUUUCGCCAACAUCGCCAAGGUUCAAGACCGUGGCGCCGGCUAUGAUGGUGCGCUGGCGGAAUGAUCCUCAGGGAAUGAUGGAGGAUCAGGCGGAGGGAUUUGAGUACAUGGAAGUGGGCCCAUCGCCGCCGGCAGAGAGUGCGCCCAGCAUGUACGACAGCUUCGAGGAGCCCAGCACUGAGUUGAGCGUGCAGAUAUGCAGUGAGACAAUUCGCGGGAAUCUUCUGGAUCAGAUGAAGACGUGCAAUGGUCGCGUGAAGUUGCUGGAGGACAUUGAGCAGCGCAAUAUCACCACGGAGAAUGUGGUGGAGUCUUUCGCGACUACGGUGAAAAUAGAGAGGAACAUUGCGUUUCUGUGGGCGGCCUAUCUGAAGCGCUGGGAUCUGCUGGAGGGACUCCUUCAGGCAGGAGCUGAUCUGCAGUACACGGACCCAAAUGGCAUUUCGGCACUUCAUUUGGCGGCUUUCAGUGGAUGUGUGAGAUGCACGGCUUUUUUGAUAUCGUGCGGAAUUGAUGUGAAUCUGCAAACGAAAUGCUACACGCCUCUUCACUGUGCUGCAUUUGGGAAUUCCCCAGAGACAGCAAAAAUGCUCAUCAAUAGCGGCGCCAAUAUUGCAACGGUGACGGCAAAGCAAGACUGCGAAGAGUCUCUCCUGCACUGUGCCGUCCGGGCGAAUGCUGUGGACUGCGUGAGGCUGUUCAUGGCUGAGGGGGCGGAUGUCAACUCCCUGAAGCCCAACGGGACAAAUCCCAUCCACUUGGCUGCAUAUCUGGGUCAUGUGCAAUGCCUAGAGGCAUUGCUAGAAUCAAAGUCGGCAGAUGUGAACAUUAAGAAUUGCAUCCGCGACAAAGAGUCCACGGCACUUCAUUUGGCGGCGGACGAGGGAAAUGUGGAGUGUGUGAAUAUACUCCUGACCAAGGGAUCUGAUGUGAAGAUGAGGAAUCAUCGUGGCUUCACACCACUUCACUUGUCGGCUCGAUCAGCGAGUCUGGAGUGCUGCGAGUCCCUUCUGCGAACGGGCAAUGCAGAUCCCAAUGCUGAGGACUUCGACCACAGAACAGCCCUUCAUGCGGCCAUUGGAAAGUCCGAUCAAGCCCUUGAUAUCCUAGAGACGCUAAUUGCCUGGGGUGCAAAUAUCAAUCACAAGGAUGUGUAUGGAUUCACAGCUCUUCAUCUCGCGGCCCUCGAUGGCCUGGCACAGUGUGUGGAGGUGUUAAUUUUCCACGGAGCCGAUGUGACUACAAAAUCCAAAAAAGGCACCUCAGCUCUCAAUGUAAUUACCCGCAAGACACCUGCAUCGCUUCAGAUGAUUAGUCAAAAGCUCGAUGCCGCGAUCACGUGCCACCAAAGUCACGAUACGGCAAAUCGCGAGGUGGAACUAGAACUGGACUUCCGCCAACUGUUGCAGUAUUGUCAUCCGCGUGAGAUUAGUUCGUUGAAUACAUUCGUGGAUGAGGGCCAGAAGGAGUUCCUGCAGCAUCCUCUGUGCAGUGCCUUCCUGUACAUCAAGUGGGGAAAGAUCCGCAAGUACUACAUCGGGCGCCUGGUCUUCUGCUUCAUGUUUGUCCUCUUUCUCACACUUUACGUGCUCACGGCGCUGGCUCACAAUUGCUACAACAGCAGCAAGGAGAUGGAGGAGGAGAUUCAGGAGCAGGAACUGUGCCAGAAGCAAUCAAUACUGGGGAAUAUGCUGCGGAAUAAUCCCUUUGUGAUUGAGAUGCAGUGGUGGGUGCUCGUUGCCAUAACAAUAGUGGAAAUUUUCCGUAAACUCUGUGGUAUCAGUGGAUUCUCCUCAUUUCGACAGUAUGUGACACAAUUUGAGAAUCUUAUCGAAUGGUUCGUGAUCGUGAGUGUCUUUGUCAUUUCCUAUAUUUACACGCAUCGCACGUACACUUGGCAAAAUCACAUUGGAGCCUUCGCGGUGCUCCUGGGAUGGACAAAUCUCAUGCUGAUGAUUGGCCAGCUGCCCGUAUUUGGGGCUUAUGUGGCGAUGUACACAAAGGUACAGGGAGAGUUUGCUAAACUAUUUAUGGCGUACUCUUGCAUGCUAAUUGGCUUCACAAUUAGCUUCUGUGUGAUCUUCCCGUCAUCAUCGCUGUUUGCUAAUCCAUUUAUGGGAUUUAUUUCUGUACUGGUGCUGAUGAUUGGCGAGCAAGAUCUCUCCCUUCUGACCAAUGAUCCAGAUGACAAGGAUCCGCCGUUUUUGCUGGAGAUCAGCGCUCAGAUUACUUUUGUGCUGUUUCUGCUGUUCGUCACAGUGAUCCUGAUGAAUUUGCUGGUAGGAAUCGCCGUGCACGAUAUUCAGGCGCUAAAGGUGUCAGCUGAACUCUCAAAGCUCGUGCGUCAGACCAAACUUAUCUCCUACAUAGAAUCUGCCCUCUUCAACGGUUAUUUACCUUGCUGGCUGAGGAGAUUGCUCCAUAAUACUGCUCUCGUCUCGCCUCAGGCUUAUCGUGUGGUUCUAUGUGUAAAACCCCUGAAUCCGGGCGAGAAGCGUCUCCCUCGUGACAUUCUCAAGGCGGCAUAUGAGGUGGGGCGCCAGAGGAAGCACUUCGGCCACACCAUCUCGGCGAGGAACUCCACGGCGACGUACUUCUCGUACAAGAACCCUAUGAAGAUCGACAACAAGCUAUCAGAGGUGAAGAUGACGGAGAAUAACAAUGCCAUCCGAUCCGGAGAGUCAGAUUGUGGCUUCGAGACGGAGAGUAUUUGCACGCUGACGACGAAAGUGGAAGAGAAUGCUGAGAAGAUUGAGAUCCUCACGAAUGAGGUGAAGGAGCUUAAGGCGAUUCUGCAUCAGAAUCAUGCACUUAUUGACCAGAUGAUGACACUCGUGUCGAAGAAUCAGCACAACAGCAAUCACAAGAGUCACCAUGGGAAGAAGUGAUUGAUUGUGGGAUGAUAGAGUGGAGAGACAUCCAAUUCAAUGGCCCAGAGACUGAUUUCUCUUUUUCUCUCACACAUCUUCUUGCAUGCGCGCGGGAUUUACCACAAGAGUCUCACCUCCUUUUGGGCACAGAGACGUGGCUUCGGCCGAAGGAGAGGUGAGAGGAUGCGGCGCAGAGGAAGAAGAUGGAGGUGGAAGAAAUAAGGUACAUGAAAGAUGUUGGACUUCAACAUUUUAAUUUAUAUUAAUGUGAUACGAUGGAAUGUAAUAUUUUAUUCUUAAACAAAAAUGAAAGAAAGAAAGAUUGUAAAAUCUCUGUGAGGAGUUUCUUUUUUUCUCUCCUGAAGACGCUGAAAACAGGACGAAAGAGAUUUUGCCAAAAUUGUGUGUAUUUUAUUGCUGAUCGUGUCGAAUGGAGAGAGAGAGAAUUUAUUAAUUGUAUUGAUAAAUGCUAAUUUUUCGCU